AUGGAGAAGCCAUAUUCGUCAAUGGCGUCCUCGUUCAUGGUUUCAGCACCAGGCAACGUUAUCGUCCUGGGUGAACAUGCUGCCGUGUAUGGAAAGCCAGUCAUCGCGGCUGCCAUCUCCCUCCGAUCCUACCUUAGCGCCAAGACCCUUUCCAAGUCCGAGCAAACCGUCAGUCUCAAUUUCAAAGACAUCAAAAUGCACCACACAUGGGACAUCGCCAGCUUGCCCUGGGAGGCUUUCCAGCAGGUGCCCGACAGAAAGCUGUAUCAUUCACACAUCGACUCUCUGGACAAGACCCUACUAGCCGCCAUUGAACCACAUGUGGACCUCGUCUCCCCAAAUCUUCCUGAAAAGGAGCGCAAGAUCCAUACAGAUUCUGCCUCUGCCUUUUUGUACCUCUUCCUAUCCCUCGGUUCUCCAGAAUGCCACGGAUUCGUGUACACGCUUCGAUCGACUAUUCCAGUUGGAGCUGGCCUGGGUAGUAGUGCGAGUGUUAGUGUCUGCUUGAGCACGGCGCUACUCAUUCAAACACGGGCCAUCUCAUGGCCACAUCCAGACCAAACAAUCAGAGAAGCCGAACAACAAUUGGAGCGCAUUAACAGCUGGGCAUACGCCGGAGAGCUCUGCAUUCACGGAGACCCGAGCGGAGUGGACAACACUGUCUCAUGCCAGGGCAAAGCUGUGCUCUUCCGCAAGAACGUGGUGGACGGUAAAGUUGAGGAUAAGCCAUCAGUCGUUACCUCGAUUGAUCACUUCCCGAGUCUACGCCUUCUUCUUGUCAAUACCAAACAGCCACGUACAACGGCUGACCAGGUUGAGAAAGUUCGUAGGCUAAAAAGCGAACAGCCUGAGCUGUUUGAGCAGACCUUGGAUCACAUCGGCCAGCUCACCGAGAAGGCGUUGCAGAUCUUCUCCAGCUCUUAUCCAGACCACCAUCAUAACAGACAGGAUACUGUGAAGACUCUGGGGCGUCUAUUCUGCGACAACCAGAAGCUCCUUGUUAGGCUCGGCGCCUCGCACCCCCUCUUCGACCGCGUCUGCAAGCUCGCAGCGAUUACAAAUGUUGGCUGGGCAAAGCUUACUGGUGCCGGUGGCGGUGGAUGUGCCAUCAUACUGACUCGCCCAGACAUCAAAAAGGUUGAUGAAGAGGUACUCGACCAGGCUUUGGUGAUGGAGGGAUUCGAGAAGCAUGAGAUGGUCUUGGGUGCCGCUGGGGUUGGAGUGCUUUUGCCUGCCUUGUUCAGAAACGGCUCCCAUGGGGAGCUUGAGGAGGUUGAUUUUGACGUGUUCGAGAACGCUGUCGAUGCUCGGUCUAUAGAGGAGCUGGUUGGGAUAGGAGGGCAGGUUGACCGGGAAGGAUGGCUGUUUUGGAACAGGAGUUGA